AUGAACCGAGUUCUCGGGUCUCUGCUACUUCUUGCGACAGUAGCUCGAUCAGCAGAUAACAUCCACAAUGUGACGAAUAGGUGGGACGUCUUCUGGCAGCUCGCCGACUUAGAUGCGCAAUUCCCCAACAAAUCAGGCAGUGUCUAUUUGGGGAGUCAAAACUACACAUGGUGCUGCCUCAAAGCCGUCUACGUCGGUCUAGACAUUUUGAACGGAACGUUGGUCAUCGCCAAUAACUCUAUUACUAAAAUAGGAACAUCUACAACAGGUGACCUUCGAGACGCCGCUCUCCGAAGUCAGUUUCCCUGCGACGCCAAGUACAACGAUGCACAUCUUGGGGGCGCCCCUGAGGUGCAAGUCCAAUAUGCAUGGUUCAUCGACAACUGCCCAGGCUGGUCUCUCAGUGACAAGUCUAACCUGAAUGCUUGGCUUCACUCUCUGUCGGGUUUCUUGCUACCAGCCGUGGUAUUCUGUCUGUCGGUGCCCAGACGAAGGAAACUUCAUGUUUAUCGGUACGACAACCCAGCGAUACAUCAUCAUUUAACAUGCCAGGAUUCCGCCUUGUUUGUAGCAGAUAUCGCCGGCAUCAAAAGUAUCAUUCCAGCAAUUAUCGGUGCCAUUUUGGCAGGCAUAAUUGUCACAGUCGAUACAAUUAUAUGGCUUUCCAUCUGCUUCGCCUUCGCCGGCCCCAUGAUUCUGAGCGGCCUCUAUGAAGCGUUGCUAGAUAACCGGGUUCUGGAGUUUCUCAGAGACAAAAUCCAAAAUAAGCGACUGACGCUCGACAUGCGGUGCCGUUGCCUCAUGCUGGUAUUGAUUGGGAACCUUGAUCUCGCUCUAGACCGCGAGACCCUGAAAUGGGGGAGACAAGCAUAUAUUCCCGCCGUAUCAGCAAUACCUCCGGAAAAUGGGCACAUAUCACACCAGGAUCACACUGCACAAGGGGAAUUUAUGACAGGAUCAACGCCUCAGGAAGCUCGUACUGUCGAGAACAGAGAUAUACAACUUGGGUCCUUAGCCCAUCGAGAACAAGCAACUGUCAAUGAUGCCAACCAGGAUUCCCACGGUAGAACCUCGCCCCAAACUGUCGCAAACUCAACAUCAAUGGAUACAGAACCGCCGAAUCAGAGCAUCAGACGGCGUUCAUCCGCUCCGCAGCCAAAUGCGAACAACGCCGCCUCAACGCAGGCAUUUCCACGUCAUUCCACUGGUCACCUAACGGCAUCUCCUUGGCGGGCCAGUCUCCGCGUCAGUGGGCCAGGCACAAUUGUCCAGAUCGCCCGUGCGACCGGCGUGAACACAUCCAAGAGCCAUGGCCCCGAUCCCGGGAGACUGAGCUAUUCGUUCGGGUCGAUUGUUGGUGCACCAGUAAUCUUCUUCCUCGGAGGAUUUAUCUUUUCGUUCCUAACUAGCCUUGACGAGUUGGGAGAUGAAAACAUCGCGGAAUCCAUCGCUUUUGGAUCAUGGUACAUGAUUAUUCCUCAUAUCGCCAUCAUUUCCGGGCUACUACUUGCUGGAAACAACCCCAACAUCCUGGAGGGGGUUCUGGCAACAGAGCGCGAUCCGGAAGAUCCCGAAGAUCCAACCUACGUCUUUGGUUUCUUACGCUUCGAUCUGGUCUAUCCCAGUUGCUACAAGGUGGCCUGGCAAUGGCUUCGCGGCCACACCAAGAAGCAAUGGAUCGAGCAGCUUCUGACAGUCUAUAGCAGAAGAAUUGAUGUCGAGUAUCGAGGCCACGAAGAUAUCGAUGGCGAUAUGAAGGAUCUACGCUUCAGAACUACCUUGUCGCUCCUCGACUGGUUCGUCUUGCUCUUCCUCACUCUGCUCCUCGUCGGUAUCCCCUACCUGUUCGCAUUCAUGCUGGCCUUCUUCACGCCCCAAAUCGGGCUGUCCUGCCGCUCCCUGACGUUCUUGGUCUACUUUGGUCUCCAGCUCGCGCAGAUUGGUCUAUGGCUAUGGGCUUACAUCGGCGCCCCGGGCGACGUCACCAACCCCAAACGCCGCAUCAGAGCAUUGGACAUGUUUAGAAAGGGAGGCUGGCUCGAUCAUCGAAAAUUCUACGACCCCUCAACGGCUCCGUGGCACGAAGACACGCACUCGCCCAGCUCCAAGCUGGCGGACUUCCUAGCCCACGCCAGCAAACCGGGAUCCUGGACCUUGCACACUUUUUGGUCCUCGCUGUACUACUCGUUGCAAAUCAUCUUUGGGCUGAGCGCCGUUUUUGUCAGUCUCGGCGGUACUUUGAUGCAAAUCAUGGGCGUGUACCGCACCAACAUGUGCUUCGUCAACGUGCAUUACUGGUUGGAGCCGAAGGAGAGACGUCCCCCAGUUGUGUUAUCGGUGAACAGCCGGGAAAUGAUUAAUUCCGCCACAACAGCAGAAUACUGGAAGCCAGUCGCCAUUGCCGCGAUAGCGUUCAUGGCGGUUGUGAGCUUCGUAGGCUGGUGGUACCAGCGACGUAUGCGCGACGUGUUUGGGCAAUUGGUGAAGAAGAUUGACAAGGUUGAGUUCGAACGUGAGUGGCCAUUCCGCCCCCGACCAGCUCUGGGAACCAUGACGAACGGAAACGGCAGAAUUGACGCUGUCUCGAGAUCUCUUAUUCCUUCCGACCAGUAUUGUGAAUCGUUGUUGUUCUCCAAGGCUUCCGCGAGAUUCCCUUGUCCUGGCUCGACCGGGCUUCCUGCCGAAGUGAAUUUCGACACGGAGUGCAAGUCCUUCAUUCAUUACAAGCUACAUUCAGAGCUCGCAUACUUCACCUUGAAAUGUGACCAAAGUUCAAUAAUUUACCUUGCCUUGAUUGACGGCGUAGAGAAAGCAGUUGGUAUGCCACACACCGAAAACACGGCUGUCGUUUUCUGUGCUUCGUCCAAUAUAGAUGCAAUCAUAAGACGAGCGCGGGAGCAACCGCCCCUAGCAAUUGAAUUGUGGUACCCGGACCAGGAUUCGAGCGCAACCAACCAGCAUAUCCAAUGUCAGCUCGCAGCUUCUGGGGCCCCUGGCCUCUCACCUGUGCUGUGGAGUCUUGAGAGCCGCAAGAGUUUAUUGGAGGAGCUCUACGAAUACACCGCUUCCUGCAGGGGAAGCCGGGAUUUUGCGUGGGCAAGGCGCGAAGGAUUCAAGAACAGGAACUCAGCCCGCGGAGCGUUCUCCACAACGUAG